UCAUUAUACAGGCAAUUUAUGUAAUUCGCUUAACAAUUAAGUCGCAUAAAUUACAGAAUAGAGUCAUUAGGGAUAAGCUGUUGACAUUUCUAGACGAACUCUGACUCACAUUGGUUCCGGUGCUAGGAACUAACAACCGUACCCCCACGCCAGCGCAGUGCCAAAAGCUCUUUGUUAUUGAAAACACCAUCAAAGUCAAAAAAGUCAAAAAAAAGUUGAGAGAAAUGACGUGAACAACAAAGAGUUGCUCUUUGUAAGCAUUUCAAAACGAAAAAAGAAGUUGGCCCAAACCGAACUAAUUGCCCGAAAUGGGCUAGAUGGGAAAAACAAACACAACAAGCACGCUGGCGUGAGCGAGAUAAAAGCAACGGGGCAAACCGGCCCGAGCAUUCAGUUCUCUUUCGGACGACCAAAGCGGCGGAUCAGCGAUUGGAUUCCAUCCGUGGCUCCGCUCACAUCUCGCACUCGCACUGGCCACAAUUAGAACGCGAAAAUCCCCAUUAAGCGUUAAUUUUUGCAUACAAUGGAGUACCUGAGCUACGUCUACCAGAAAAUCUUCGGUGGAAAUCCUCCUACGGACGACACGCAAGGGGACUUUCACACGCCUCGGAAGGUCAUCUGUUUCGGCAAUGUCCUGCUCGACCGGCUGGUUAAACUAGAGGACCCCCAACUCCUGGAGCGGUUCGGCCUGGAACUAGGAUCUAAAGGCGAACUGGACAUGGAUAAACUCAACCAGUUGGCAGCGGAAGCUUCCGAGAGCUCUCAGUGCCUUACGAAUCCAGGUGGCUCGGCCCUUAACACUGCCCGCAUUCUGAAGCAACUGGGAACGGAUGCCCUUUUCUUUGGCGCCGUUGGAGCUGAUAAACACGCCGAUGAACUGAGAACGAUCUUUCGGGAGCGUGGCAUCGAGGCCAGGUUGCAGACUGUCGAGGAUGCACACACCGGACAGUGCGUAUGCCUCAUGUACCAGGAUAACCCCACACUGUACGCCAACAUUGGAGCCUCUGCCCAGUUCGAGGUGCAGACCCUGAGCCACGCCGUCAGCCACGAAGGGCAGAGCUUCCUGCGACCCGUGGAGCGCAAGCAGAUCCUGUACGUGGAGGGCUUCUUCGUGCCCCAGAGGUGUGAGGUGUGCGACUACAUAGUGCAGCACCUGGUGAGGGAGCGUCGGCGAUUGGCCCUCAACCUCAGUGCCCCCUACAUCGUCCAGAAAAAUGCCCAGGCUAUGCUGAAGCUGGCCCGCGUUGCCUUCUUCCUGUUUGGCAACCGCCAGGAGUUUGAGGCGCUGGCUGAGGCAGCCGGCGGAUUCCGUAGUGUCGAUGAGCUGGCGGAGCAUCUUCUGCAGUCCGGCACCAAGGUCAUAUUCAUCACCAAUGGCAGUGCUGGCGUGCAGGUGAUCACCAACUACGUCGAGGAGCUGGCUCCUCCCGGAAACGUUAGCUUCGAGGACUACAGGGCGCAGCGCGUGGAUGAGAUUGUAGAUGCCACUGGCGCCGGAGAUGCCUUCGUGGCAGGAUUCCUGCAUGCCUGGCUGGAGAAGCGGUCGCUGGGCGAAUGCAUUCGCAUGGCCUCCAACGUGGCCGCCAAGGUCGUCACCCAGGUGGGCUGCAAUCUGCCCUAGACCAACGACCUGCAUCGCAAUCUCAGAGAGCGCACAAUCAAGCACCAAAGUAGACUCUUAGCAUGUAAUUACUCCCGUAAUCUUCACAAACACUAGGCUUAGCCAAACACCUAUCCGUGGUUUCACAAAAGCAAUAAUCUUAGUCUUAAUAUGACUAAUUAAAAGUGAUUUACACAUCGUCCUAUGAAAGAUAAGAGAA